CCUGAGAGCUUGCGCUUGUACAUGUGACGUCGCGUUGUUGGCGGUGUGCUGCAGUCGAGGAGGCGGGUGUACGUAUAACGAUAUCACACCCACACUACGCGAUAAACGCCGACGAUCCGGGACCCUGUAGGGACGUACGCGGGUGUUAACCGAUUUUUGAGAUCGGCAAAGUUGACAUCGAAAUAUAACGCCCGAGUGUCUACGUAUCCGUGCGCGAAUCGUGAGCAUAUCGGUACACGCGUUGGGGGAAAUGUGAUUCGAUUGUUACACAUGAGAAAGUACGACUGGAACCAACUGUUUCGGAGCAGGGGGUGGAAUCGAUCUUGCGACAGCCCCUGAAAAUCGGGAGCCUACGUAUAGUACACGCAACGUAGUAAAGUACUCGUGCGUAUACACAGCACCUGCAGUGAACAAAGUUAACAGAGCGGGCCUUAUGGGUUCGGAAUUCCCUGGCCCCUCUAUUGUGCUCUCUUCCUUCUCUUCUUCUUCUUCUUCUUCUUCUUGCCUUGUACCUGCGCUUCAUCACACGCAUGCCUCUUCGAUGAGACAUCUACGUACCGUACGCAUCACAGAUACCCACCUGCACUGUUGGACAACGAUAGAUCGGCAUCUUCAGGUUUCGGAGUCACUGUAACGAUCCAUUCUCAGUGGGAACAAGUAUACACGAAGCAGCAGCGCGAUGUGCUGUCGUCAUCGCUAUCGCCGUUCUCUACCGAUGCUGUGAACCAACGUGAAAAGAAAAGAAUCAUCGACUGGUAUAUAAUUUUUUGUUUGUUUGUUUGUUUGUUUGUGACAUACUGUUGUUACUCCGUGAAAUUUGCGUGCGCGUUGAAAUCAAUCGAUACCCGGUGGCAAAUUGUUUAUCAACGAUAAUAACAGCAACAAGGCGCUGCAAGCCUGGAGGCAACCGGUGGUGGUGCCAUCGCCUAUACUGUGCAUAGUUUGUGCCGAGUGCGAGAAUUUCGGAGCAUUGAAUCGAGCAAAGGAUCACCACACGCCACGGGAGGAUGCGAGCAGCGCUGCUGCACGUCGUCGCAGUGCUGGCGACACUGCUGACGACGAGUAGCCACGGUGCCCCGCAGCAGCAACAACUCGAUCACCUGACGAUAGACGAGCCGGUGGGCUCGGCGCCGCCCUUUGCUAACCAACGCGAGGCCUACUUCGACGGAACGGCGUACCUGCGCCUCAAGUCUUACGUCUCGGUACACCGGCACAGUGGCCUGAGUUUCCGGGGCUGCGAGCCCGGCAAGCUCUUCGAGCAGCGCCUACCCCCCAACGACUCGAUCGGCCUGCUCGUCGAUCACGACGGCCUCGUCUUCUACGCCCGGGUACAGGGCCGCAAACUCGACGCUCGGCUCAACGCCCGGCUCCUCGACAACUACUGGCACAACGUCAACCUCAUCGUGCGCCUCGGCAACCUCACCCUCAACACUGCUGGUCACUCCCAGGUGGUGGCUAACUCCACGUAUAACUCGGAGGUGUUUACGCUGCCGGAUCACAGCAGUAGCGGGUCCAAUGGCACCCUUAUCGUGGGCGAUGGUUUUCGCGGCUGCAUACUCCAGGGCCCGAGUAUACUGUUCAACGAUAGUCUGAGCAACGGCGCCGUCUUCGGCACUUGUCCCCUCGACAACAAACCAUGUUCGCCGUGCAUAAACAACCCGUGCCGCAACGGGGGCAGCUGCGCCGAGGACCAGCACGGGGAUUUCAGUUGCCAGUGCGCGCCGGGUUUCGUGGGCAUGCGGUGCGAGGCGCUGGCCGGCUCCCGCAUCUGCGAGACCAGCAACCCAUGCCGCAACGAGGCCAGCUGCACCGAGUUGGCCGACGGUGACUACCGGUGCGACUGCAGGCCCGGCUGGACGGGCAGGCACUGCGAGCUCGACGUCGACGAGUGCGCCUCCCGACCGUGCAAGAACGACGGCAACUGCACCGACCUCGUCAACGGCUACGUUUGCAAGUGCGACCGCACCGGGUACAGGGGCCCGAGCUGCGAGAUCGACAUAGACGAGUGCGAGAACAACCCGUGCCUGAGCGACGGCAUCUGUUACAACAAUUACGGGGGCUACGUGUGCGUCUGCCCGCGGGGCUUCGAGGGCCUCAAUUGCGAGCUGAACAUAAACGAGUGCCUCGCCGAGCCGUGUAAGAACGGUGGCCGGUGCAUCGACGAGGUCGGCAGUUACCGGUGCAAUUGUACCGGUACCGGCUUCGCCGGCGAUCACUGCGACCAGCCGGCCCAGCGCACCGUCAGCGUUACCGCGGUGGCGUUGCCACCUCCCGGUUGCGAGAGUCCCAGUUGCGCCGCGGCUAACGGGGUGUGCGCCCGAGAGCCCCACGGAGGGGCGCACUGCGUGUGCAAACCCGGCCACGUUGGUUCACCGCCCAACUGUACCCUCAACCACUGCUCCGGUGGACCGUGCGCCAACGGGGCCACUUGCGUCAAUCAUCGGGACAAGUACGAGUGCCUCUGCCAGCCAGAGUGGAAAGGUAAGAACUGCCAAGUGAACGUGGACGAGUGUCAAUCCCAGCCGUGUCAGAACGGCGGUACCUGCGUCGACCGUCCGAACGGCUACAGCUGCAACUGCACCCGCGAGUACAUGGGCGACAACUGCGAGCGCGAGUACGACGCGUGUGCCCUGAAUCCUUGCACGAACAACGCGAGCUGCGUCCUCAGCUCCAAGUCGAAGCGCGAAUUUUUGUGCGAGUGCCCGGCCGGCUUCGAGGGCAAACUCUGCGACGUCGACGUCGACGAGUGCGCCGGGGUCGUGUGCGGUGACGAUCGCGUGUGCGUCGACGGGGUCAACAGCUACGAGUGCAGGUGCAGGGACGGCUACAAGGAGCCCAAUUGCACCCUCAUCAUUGACCCGUGCGCCGGCAAGCCCUGCGGCAACAACAGCACCUGCCACGAGGUAGCCGACGGGAGUUACCGGUGCGAGUGCGCCCCUGGACUUACCGGGGCCAAUUGCGACGAGGACAUUGACGAGUGCAAGAUAUCGGACAAGGCCAUUUGCGUGCACGGGAUCUGCGUGAACAACAAGGGCAGUUACAACUGCUUUUGCACGCCGGGCUACUCGGGUGACCUGUGCGACGCUAACAUAGACGAGUGCCUGAGCAGCCCGUGCAAGAACCAAGCGAGCUGCAUCGACAAGAUCAACGGCUUCGAGUGCGUGUGCCCGCCGGGUUACGCCGGCAAGGUGUGCGACCAGGACGUGGACGAGUGCGCGAGCUCGCCGUGCCGGAACGGGGCCACGUGCAGGGACGAGAUAGCCAAGUACACGUGCCUGUGCGCCCUCGGUUUCACGGGUUACGAUUGCGAGACCAACAUCGACGAUUGCGAGUCCCAGCCGUGCCAGAACCAGGGCAGGUGCAUCGACGGGGUCAACUCGUACGCCUGCGACUGCGCGGACACGGGCUUCGAGGGCGAGCACUGCGAGAACAACAUCGACGAUUGUCUCGCCCAGCCGUGCGUCAACGGGGCCGAGUGCGUCGACGAGAUCAAGGCUUACAAGUGCCGGUGUUACGAGGGCUACACCGGCAAAAACUGCCAGAUCGACGUCAACGAGUGCGAGAGCUCGCCCUGCCAGUUCAACGGCACCUGCCUCGAGAGAUCCAACGCCGCGCUCUACAAGGAGGACGUGAUGAACAAACCGGCGGUGUUCAUGCAGGAGUUUACCUACGCCAACUCGAGCGGUUACGAGUGCAUCUGCGUGGCCGGAGUGACGGGUAAGAACUGCGAGAUCAACAUAAACGAGUGCGAGAGCAAUCCGUGCCUCGAAGGGGUCUGCAUGGACAAGAUCGGUGGUUACACGUGCGAGUGCAACGAGGGCUUCGAGGGCGAGCACUGCCAGAUCGACAUUGACGAGUGCAAGAGGUACGAUCCCUGCGAGCACGGCGCGUGCUUCGACCGGCGGGCCGAUUAUUUGUGCAGCUGCGAGCCCCUCUACGGCGGCAAGAAUUGCUCGGUGCCGUUGAUCGGCUGUCAGGGCAACGCUUGCAUGAACAACGGCACCUGCCGGCCCUACCUCGUCGACGAGACCGAGCACAAGUUCAACUGCACCUGUCCGAACGGCUUCCACGGCGAGAUAUGCGAUCACGUAACGACGAUAUCGCUGAGCGGCAGUUCCCUCGUGACCGUGAACACAAGCCGCGAGGAGGGCUACGACAUCCAGUUUCGCUUCCGGACGACUCUGCCGGACGGUCUCCUGGCCAUCGGCACGGGUCCGACCUACUACAUCCUCAAGUUGAACGGCGGCAAGUUAAACUUGCACUCGAGUCUUCUGAACAAGUGGAACGGCGUGUACAUCGGGGCCGGGCUCAACGAUUCGAACUGGCACAAGGUCUUUGUGGCCAUAAACGCGACGCACCUCGUGCUCUCGGCCAACGAGGAACAGUCCAUCUACCCGAUCAACCUGACCGAGGGCGCUACGGCGAUGCACACCUCCUUCCCGACGACCUACAUCGGCAGCACCCUCAUCAACCUAAAGAAACUCCUGUCCGGCACGCCGUUCUUUGUGGGCUGCACCGAGGACGUGAUUAUUAACGGCGAGUGGAUCUACGCCGGGAGCAGCACGUCGCGUCACGUCGAGAUGCUGAACGUCGAGUCGGGCUGCCACCGCGAGGAACAGUGCUCGCCAAAUCCCUGCCAGAACAACGGCUACUGCACCGAUCUCUGGCGCGACUUCUCGUGCGAGUGCGAGCGCCCCUACCUCGGCUCCACCUGCCAGUACAACAUGACCGCCGCGACCUUUGGCUACGAGAACAUUACCAACGGCUACGUGAGCGUCAAGGUGGCCGACGCAGCCCGGCGGGCCGUUCGCUCGAUCGUCGACAUCUCCAUGUUCAUACGCACCCGCGAGGACCACGGUGACAUAUUCUACCUUGGCUCCGAGCCGAGUCCCUCGCUCCUGCCCUCCGACACGAUCAUAAAGGACCGUACCUUCAUAGCCGCCCAGCUCGAGGGUGGCGAGCUCCUCGUGCGCAUCCAAUUCAACGGCACCGAGGCCUACACCGUGGGCGGUGUCAAGCUCAACGACGGCAACAGCCACCUCAUCCAAGUGAUCCGAAACGUCACCCUCGUCCAGGUCAAGAUCAACGGUACGGAGUACUUUAGAAAGACCAUCAGCGCCAGCGGUCAGCUCAACGUCACGGUACUCUACCUCGGUGGGCUACCCCAGGCCACGACCAGGUACAACCGACAGGUGGACAGUAUUAGGCUGGCUGAGGCAGCGAGCGAGCAAAUCGUCAAGCCCCCGACGAACUUCAAGGGCGUGAUUCAGGACGUCCAGGUGUCGAACGGCGUCGACACUAUGGUCGUCGAGUUCUACCCGCUGAAGGAAAAGGGUAUUCCGACCCUCGUGCAAUUCGGCACCGUGACCUUUGACCCGGAGAAGGUGCUCGAGGGAGUCGUGUCGGACGACGUGUGCGCCUCGAGCCCGUGUUUCCACAACGGCACGUGCCACGUGACCUGGAACGAUUUUUGGUGUCAGUGUCCACGCGGCUACACGGGCAAGACCUGCCAGGAGAUGGAGUUCUGCCAGCUGCAGGACUGCCCGAGUGGCUCAAAGUGCCAGAACCUCGACGACGGCUACGAGUGCAUGGCCAACGCGACCUUCGACGGUCACAGCACGUCCUUCACCUACGUAUACACUAAUCACCCGGAGCUGGCAAACUACUCCUCCUCCUACUCCGACUCGGACAGUUUGAUCAAGAUAGCUUACCGAUCGAACACCGGUGGCACCCUCAUGCACAUCGCCCCGAGAUCGGGCAAGGCUCACUUCACCGUGUCCGUGUUCGAGGACAGGGUGACGGUCGCGUGGAAGCUCGACAACGUGAACACCGGCGUCCUCGCGUUCGGCAAACCCGAGCCCGACGGCAACUGGACGACGAUACUCAUUAAGCUCAACAACGACUCGAUCGAGUGCACGUACGACGACGCCAACGACGAUUUCGUGCCCCAGUCGAGCGUCAACUUUCAUUAUGCGGCCUGGUACGACCUACUGGUCACGGGAAGCGUGACGCUGGGCGGCCUCGGUGGCCCGAUCUCCGACAUACACAGUUAUCUGACCAUCGGCACCGAGCGGCACAUCGAGAGCAGGGACGGUGGUAUCUACGGGAACUCGGUCGACUUUGCCGAUCGCAAGCUCACCACCGCACCACCGCCCCACAGCAUCAUGUCCGGAGAAGCGUACAAGGGCUGCCUGGGCGAGGUGAGGAUCGGCAGCAUGUUGCUGCACUACUUCACUUACGAGGAGGUCUACCAGAACGCGAACUUCACGCCCCUGGAGUUCUUGGCCCUACAGCCGCAGGACGACGACGCGUCGAGCCUAAGCGACAGGAUAGGCUGUCGGCUGUGCUUCGAGAGCAGCUGCAAAAACGGGGGUCACUGUCUCGAUCGGUUCAAUAGUUACGUGUGCGAGUGCCCGGCCGGUUACGCCGAGGACGACUGCGCGAUCGACAUCGACGAGUGCCAGAAAAACAAGUGCGCCCACAAUUCCACUUGCGUCGACGGCGUCGCCAAUUACACCUGCAACUGUGAUUCCGCCUGGCAAGGAUGGCUGUGCAACAAGGACGUGGACGAGUGCGCGACGAUCGGGCCCUGCCAGCACGACGGCGUCUGCAUAAACCUCGAGGGCUCGUUCCGCUGCAACUGCUCGGACAAGUACACUGGCGAGCUCUGCGACAACUUCAGGCAGAUCACCUGCGCCGAUCAACCUUGUCGGAACGGCUCGACUUGCGCUGACGUCGUCAACCUCAGGACGGCCGACAAUUUCACGUGCGCGUGCAUGCCCGGCUACGAGGACACGCUGUGCGAUAAGCCCUACUGCGAGGUCAGAAAGUGCCAGAACUCCGGUGACUGCUUGUACCACGACAAUCAGACGCCGUACUGUUCGUGCCCGGCUGGUUACACGGGCAAGUACUGCGAGACGAACAUCGACGAUUGCGCGCCGGACGCCGAGGGCAAACUGCCCUGCAACAACAACGGCCGCUGUCACGACGGUGUCAACAGUUUCACCUGCGACUGCGUCGGCACCGGCUACACCGGACCAACCUGCGACGAGGACAUCAACGAGUGCGACAACCAACACCUGAACGACUGCGGCUACGGCACGUGCAACAACACGGCCGGGAGUUAUCGUUGCUUCUGCGAUCCCGGCUACUGCGGACUCACCUGCACGAUGGUUGACCUCUGCCAAGAACAUUACUGUCAAAAUGGUGGCACUUGCCACUGCGGUAACGGAACGGGCGAGCUUUACUGGUGCGUCUGUCCGACCGGUUACAGCGGCCAGAACUGUACCGAGUCGCAGCGCUCGUUGGGAAGUCAAGUUGCCCACGUCAUGAAGUUUGUCGGUCCUGUGCUCGCGGUGUUGUUCAUCAUAGCAGCCGGCUCGCUGAUCGCGUUCUUCAUGAUGGCGCGCAAGAAACGAGCGACGAGAGGCACUUACAGUCCAUCGGCCCAAGAAUUUAGUAAUCCACGGGUUGAGAUGGACAACGUUAUGAAGCCACCCCCCGAGGAGAGGUUGAUCUAAGAGCGUCGGGAUAUCGUCACGAGUUUUCCGUUCGAAUGAUUCAUCCUAGUCCCUUUCGUCGACUUGUCGCGUACAAAUGUAUCAAGGGCCCGUAACUCGGGAUGAGUUUUUUCGGGUAAAAUCAUUGUACAGAUCGAAGUAGGACGCUCAAUAGGACGUUUUUCUUAUUAUUAGUUUAUAUUUUUGGUCGAUUAAGAGAAAUCCAGAGAUGUUUCUCGCUUAAGUACGAGCACGGUUUUGACACGUUAGAAAAAGUGCACCGAUAGUGCAUGGCGCCGAUCGAAUCCUUUAUAACGCGUAUAGUAGAUAGACACACAUACACACACUUGUCGAAAAAGAAAGUGUGAAUUAAAUGUAAUCUUAUCGUUAAAUUUAAAUAUUAUUUGCAGAACGAUUUUUCUAUGAUGUUCAUGUAUAAAACACAAAGGGUAUAAUAUUACAUGAGACUGACGUUUUUACUGGCAAAAGAGAUUUUAUGUUAAAAUUCUUCUGUAAAGUAAAAUUUUACAUUCCACUCGACUGUGACGUUGACACAAGUUUCUGCCUUCGUGCAGGGAUAAUUUUUUCAAGUGUACUUAAACUUGCUCACUGUCUGUGUAAGAGGCAUUGAUUGAAAAAAAAAAAAUAAUAAUAAUAAUACUAAUAAAGACCCGUCCACUUAGUGCCUAAAAAAUAUUUAAAUGUAAGCGAAAAGUACAUACUUAUAAUUAUUACCACAAUGUGUUUUUUAUCUGCAAAUAUCGAUAUCAUUUUCGACUUCAAUAGCGAGAUCUCAAGAAGUAAUUUGUUUGUCAAUCAAGAGGUUGAGGUAUAAUUAUGACAAUGUCUCAACAAAUCAUAUGCUAUUGCAUGCGAUUCUCUUGUGUAUCUAUGGACAAAAAGUUUACGAACUCAUUAUUUAAUGUGAUUCGUUAACAUGCGGUCCUAAUUGUUAAUUUUGUACAUAGUUUAGUAUGUAAGUUGUAUGUUAUUUCAGAGUAAAAAUUAUUAAUGCUUUUUAAAAAUUAAGAAUUUUUUAUGAGAGUAGAUAGUAUUUAUACGUAUUAUGUAACACUAAAUACAACACUCGAAUUUAAUUAUGUAUUAUAUAAUAUUUAUGUGUACCGACACAACCAAAGUACAGUCGCCGAGCAUAAAUGUUCGUCAAUAAACAAAAUAUAUUUGCGAAGAUCAUGCGUUAAUGAUAAAACGAGAUUUUUACUAUACUUAAUAAAAAAUGUGUCGAUGUUAGCGUGAAUUUUAGAUAAAUUUUUUCGACUUUUUAUUCAAACGAAUUUUAUGCGAUCUUUUUGCGGGAGCAGUUUCACCAUUAUCUUUUACGAUUUUUAGCAAGACUGAGAUUUUAGGGUGUAAUAACAACUCGUUGCUCAAUAAAUGAAAUUAAAUAUUUGUUCUUUUUAAUAGAUGCAUCAAUCGAUUUUGAGAUUUUUUAUGAAUAAGUUAUGCAAGUGUACAAGCGAAAAACAUAAAGAUUCAUUAUCAACAACUUA